CCUAAAUCGAAAUCAUCCUUCCUCCCACGUCCACGUCUUUCAGCGUCCCUCAACUAAGCUUAUCGCCAAAACAACAUCGCAUCAUCGCGGUAUAGGAUUUCGUUCCAUCCGCCAUGAUCCGGUAGUGAAGAAGGGCCAUCAACUUGUGGGCGUGACGCGCGCAUUCCGUCUUCAUUUCCAUUCUAUUUAGAUCGCCUUCGGGAUCGACCGUCCACCUACCUGGUCAGCUCUGGUUGGCCCAUCCUCAACAAUCCCGCAUUGGCUUCACCUUUUUCUGUAAUACUUUGGGAGGGAGGCCUCUUUCCAGUUACUUAAUAUUAUAUUCUAUCUCUUUACUUUCUAUCUAUUUGCAAGAGAAAGUGUUGUAUAGGUAUCAGGCAUCAUGGACAGUUGGAGUGUAUAUGUCGCCGACCGUUGUGACUCGCUCCGUGAGGGCGGGUUCACCAACUUCUUCAUCUCUAUUUUAAUCGUCAUCGGUAUAAUGCUAUCAUACGUAACACAACACUAUCGAAUCAUUUCUCGUGGUUCCUCAGAAGGCAUUUCUCCGUAUUUCGUCCUACUCGGUGUCACAUCAGCGAACUCCCAGUUCGGAAAUAUCCUUACGCUACCUCAGUCCCGAGCCGACGUUGCCUGCUGCAAGGAAGUUAGUCCGUUUGAAUGUACUGCUGGGUUACUUGGGAUUGCACAAAUCGGAACACAGUGGAUAUGUUUCGCCGUCAUUCUGGUCCUAUUCUUGGUCUUCUUCCGUAGGGACGAUGUCGACGACGAGUACGAGCGGGAUCCUGGCCAACCGACCUGGAGAACCGCAAUUACGGUGGCCGCAGUAUGUUUAGUUCACGGCCUCCUCGUCGUCAUCAUAUCAGCUGCAUUUGCACUAGGUGCACCUGGAUACUUAGGAGCCUGGGCGAAUUUCUUGGGGAUCAUGUCUGCUGUGCUCGCCGCUAUUCAGUACAUUCCUCAGAUCUACACCACAUAUCACAUCAAACAUGCUGGUAGCCUGAGUAUUCUAAUGAUGUGUAUACAAACCCCCGGUGGACUCCUUUUCGCUGCUAGUCUGGCGGCACGUCUUGGCUGGGCAGGUUGGAGUUCAUGGGGUGUAUACGUUCUGACUGCUAUAAUGCAGGGUAUUCUGUUAAUGAUGGCCAUAUCAUACGAGUGGCCUUCACAGGAAGAACGGGCCCAUCAUUCCACACCGCAACCACAACGACCACCUUAUAACCGACGAACUACACCUAGGGUCUUACCUUCUCCUGGACCAUACUCGGCUCACUUACAGGCCUAUGCCGAAACUCAAGAAGAAAUCGAACGUGCUCUUGAUCGCGAAAGUGUGCAAGGAGUAGGAGAGAACCAGCCUCUCCUAGCGCCAGGGGGCUUGGGCAGUUCAGGUGUUCGGUAGUGGAUCGUACAUUAAGAGCAGGGACGGCUCUACUCUCGUUUCCCCAUCGGGUCUCUAUCUCUUGACCACAAGAAUGUCCAUAUAUGUCUGCUUAGCAACCUAUCCAGAUUUGAGAGGUGUUGUAUAAAAGAAUGAAAAUGACUUCUAGACAUGCAGAUGGAGUGUAUUCGCUAGUGCAAGUUGAUAUUUGAUAGAUCUAGCUUUAUACAAGAACUAAAUUGAUUGGGAGAAUAGUGGGCUUGCUAUGUGGUUAAUUGAUACAGAAAAUGGGUGUAUAGUGAAGAGUAUCCUAGAAUAGCUUCAGUGUGCCAAGUAUGAAACAUGAUGAUUC